AAUGCUUUUUAUGACGUUAGAAUGUGAUAGCUGGACUACCAGGAGGGAUCAUUUGUUAUUCUUAGAUGAUAAGAAUUUGAUGUAUUUGAAUGUUGUUUGAAAGUUGUUUGAAAAUGUAGAAAUGUUUAUUCCUAAAAUACUGUUCGUGUGCAGCAUAACUGCAUUUCUUUUCUUGGAUGUUUUUGCUCAGUAUCGUUAUGACUGUGACGAACAUUUCUGUUCGAAAAGUGUUAAAUGUCGAGACACUGAGUGUAGUAAAGGUUUCAGACUGAUAAAAAAUGCCACCAAGUGUGGAUGCUGUCAUGUGUGCGUAGAACAGCUAAAGGAAGGAGAUGCGUGUAAAACACAAGAAUUAUCAGUACUUCCCAGACAAGAAUGCGGAGAGGGUUUAAUAUGCAGCCAAACUUUAGCAAAAUGCGUUCCAGUCGAGUCAAAGUGCACAAAAGAAAGAAGAAGAGCAAGAGCAGGCGAUGUGAUAAAAUGUGACGAAUUUGGGUUUUAUGAGCCAGUUGUUUGUAAAUCCGGAGUUUUAUGUUAUUGCGUAAAUAAAAAUGGAAAAAGGAUUUUCGGUACAGACGUAGCUAGUAAAAAAGAGUUAAUGAACUGUAAGUGCUCCAGAGAUUACGAUAAAUUUCCUAGAAAAGUUCCAGACGGCAAUUUUUUGCGCUGUUUGCCGAACGGAAAUUAUGAUCCGAUUCAAUGUUCUGAUGAGUCUUGCUACUGCAUGGGAGAUGAAUUUCACACUUUUGGCAUCGUUGCUAAAUCAAUUAAAGAGCUAUUAUGCUAUGAUAAACGAAGCCACCGUGAUGACGAUGAAAUGCUACGCAGCAAAUGCUGGCACGAACAAAACUUUUUGGAACGUCAAAUUCAAAAUUAUACAGAAAAUGGAGUUCGAGUGAUAGGAGCAUACUUACCAAAGUGUGACUUGGAUGGAAGUUAUGCGCCAGUACAGUGCAAGAAAAACGAAUGCUACUGUGUGAAAAAGAAUGGUGAAUUAUACCAUAAAAGAAAAUACAGAGUUAAAAGGACACCUGAUAAUGUCAAAAACAUGACAUGCAGAUGCAUAAGAGAUCAUGAGAUGUUGAUGGAAUUAAGGACGGAUGAAAAAGUUAAAGCUUACCUAGAUAAGAAACCUUGUGAUAAUGGAGAGUAUAAAAACAUUGGUGUCAUUGAAAUUAAAUCCUAAAAGGCAACACUCAAGCUACAUUUGAAAAAACUGAAAACUAUUUAGCAUAACUUCACCUUGACUGACAUAGUGUCUAACUUAGAGCUAUUGAACAUCAAAGUAGCAACUGGAGAAAAUUGAACUUGUUUUGAUUCACUAGGUGGUAAAAUAUUUCUGAAGUCCAUACAAGCUGUUGCAUACAAAGACAACUUUACUGUUAAAAAAUAUAUCUUCCAAUUUCUUUUAUAUUACAUAAAUUAUAUAUAUUAGUAAACAUACUUCUUUACUGUAGACUCUAAACAUUA